CAAUUUUUAAAUCAGCUGCACUCGAAAACAGACUCGUUUAAUUAGCCUGACCGCUAUGCGGUCGCCGAGAAACAAAUACUUAAUUCGUCGCGAUGUCGACCACUUUACUGGGGCAAGUGUCAAUGUUGCUAUGAAACUAAAAAAUGCCCCCACAGAGCAGCAACACGCGCGUCACUCCGAGCGACGGAAAAAGAGAAAAUACAUAGCAUUUUGCAAUUAGAGGCUGCCAGUGGAAAUGGCUCAACAGGUUGCUCCUUCUGCACAAAUAGAAUGCACGCCCGCAAGUUCUGCGUGUGACUAUGCAAAACACUCGUACAAAGCCAUCGUUGCCCAGAUUUUGAUGGCAACGUUGGCCCUGCUAGUUACUGCAGCAAAUGGCAUGACCUCAGGUUUUCCUGCUCUACUUUUACCUCAACUAGAAGCGGAAAAUAGUACCAUUCCUACGACUGAGGAGGAAGGAUCAUGGAUAACAAGUAUCCAUUCGAUUGUGACACCAAUUGGCUCACUGAUGAGCGGCCCAAUAAUGGAACACCUUGGGCGCCGCACCACGUUGCUCGUCAGCAUAUUUCCUGGAAUAUUUGGCUGGAUCUGCAUAGCUCUUUCGAAAUCACACCUUGCACUUUUGAUUGGAAGGUCGUUGACUGGAAUGUCCACAGGCUUGUCUGCACCCGCAGCGCUUGUGCUUUUGGGAGAAAUGGCCGAACCGAGACUGCGAGGCCUCUUAGCUGGAGCGCCAUCUGCGAGUUUCUCCAUGGGCAUUCUGCUUAUUUACGCUUUGAAUUCGUCACUGCCGUGGACACUUGUUGCAGCCUUGUCAACAAUUCUGCCCUUGGUCGCUUUAGUCUCGCUGUUUUGCCUGCCCGAGAGCCCACUUUGGUUGGAGCGAGUGAACAAAUCAGAUGAAGCGUUGAAAGCAAUGACCUGGCUGCGAGGGGGUAGUGAGGCUCAAGCCAGAAAAGAGCUCGCUCUGAUCAAAGAACAGCAAAUUCACAACAGGAUUAUAGAAGAGGCUCACACUUCAAUCGGGGGCAGAUCUCGGCUGUUAAGUCGAUCAGUGCUGAGAGCCCUCUUAGUCGUCAACGUUUUCAACUUUUUCCAAGUGAUGGGUGGAACUUUUACGAUAAUAUUCUACGCCGUCAGUGUCCUUCGACAAGCCUCUGGAGGUCAAGUGUCUGACACCAACAUAGCUGUGGUCACUGCCUUAACAAGAGUCCUCCUCACAACAAUUGCUUGCUUCUUGCUUUUAAAAGUUGGAAGACGUCCGCUGACUAUUUCAUCUGGACUUGGUUCCGGAACUGCCGCUCUUAUUUUGAGUUGGUGGUUGUAUUGGAGUCCCGACUUCAAAGGAUACGACUGGGUGCCCUCUGCGCUGGUUGUGAUCUACGUUAUUUUCAACUCGUAUGGCUUUUUCACAAUCCAGGCGCUCAUGAUUGGUGAACUGUUUCCUGCCAAAGCCAGAGGAUUUUCUAGCGGUGUCUCUUGUGCCGUUAUCAACGCAGUUCUCUUUUUUACCUCGAAAUGGUAUCCUUGGAUGACCCACGUUUUACAACCGCACGGACUUUUUCUUUUAUUCGGAUUGAUGACUUUUGCCGGCACUUUGUUUGCUUAUUUUUUCUUGCCUGAAACUAAGGGCAGGACCCUGGCAGAAAUCGAAGAGCAUUUUAGUGGUUCCUCUUUGUUUUGGAACAAUUCCCGACAGAUAGAGAGGAGGGAAAAUUUAAUCGUAAAUGGCCAGUAGACUUAAAUAACAUAAACAAGAAAUUAUUGAUUUUUUAAUGUAAACACAAAAUAUUUUUUACUGUUGAUCAGCAAAUAUGUUUAAGUAAAUAGUAUAUAAAUUAUUUAUAGUAAUUUUUA